AUGUUCAAUAUGAUAAAGAAAACAAAAUUAUCAAAGAAGAAUAAGCAUUUACAAGGGAGUUUCUCUGUGGACGUCAGGUUACCUGAUGACUCGCCGACUGCUAUGGUGGAGAAUUGGGAAGGCGCUGCUGAUACAGACGAGACAACACAGAGGCCCAGGUUAUUAAAGAAGUCGGUGAGAAAAUCAGAAGUAGAAGUACGUUCCCCCGUCUUGAGCACUGAAGAAUAUUCGAGUGAUUCCGAUGCUGAUGAAGGUCUUGCCGUGAAUUCACGCGCUAAACAGAGGGAGCGUCGAAAGGCGGAAAAGGAUCGUCUGAGACGAACUGUUUUUGUUGGCAAUUUGCCUGCCUGGAUGACUAGAAGGGCUCUUCACAAACUCUUCAGCAGUGUCCUCAAGAAGUCCAAAAUUGACACAGUGGACUGCACGAUUGAGUCUGUUCGUCUUCGUGGGGCUGUGCCCAUCACUGGUGGCACUAGUAAACAGGCGAAAAAGCGAUCUUCAAUUCGGCACGAAUUUGCCGCUGGAGACAAGCACACACAAAUUGGGUUUGUGGUUCUCACCUCCACUGUGGGAAUUUCAACAGUUUUGAAGCUGAACGGCUAUCUCCUCACGAAGGACGAUGCCGACACAGGUCGUCAUAUUCGCGUUGAUAUCUGUAGUCGGCGCAAUCCCUCCUACAACACACACAAGAGCGUAUUCAUAGGCAAUCUUCCUUUUUCAGCAAAUGAAGAAGAGGUACGUCAAGUGUUCCAAUCCUUUGGCAACAUCACGAACGUCCGAUUAGUUCGUGACUCGGCCACAGGUGCGGUGAAGGGCAUCGGUUUCGUGGAGUUCGAGGAUCCCAGCUCUGUCGCGCUUGUCAUUCGACAGGCUGCAUUGGGCCACUCUGGCGGUGGCGGUGAUUCAACUGAGUCACAGAGUCUCGUAGUCGGUGGACGUCAGUUGCGCGUUGAGGCCUGGAAGUCCAUCAAAAAGUCGAAGAAGACUAAGCAGCAACGACGCACAAAACUUGGGAGUCAUCAGGAACAGAGAUCUGUUGGUGCUGGCAGUGUCAACUUUAGAGUUCCAACUAAUUUGCGGGGGGCUGCGGCACGGAAGGAGUUUGUGAAACGCACUUUGCAAAAGCGAAAUAAACGAAAGCGGACCAAUGCUACGGCUUCUACUGCUGCAGCUGGGAAGGCACCUAAAACAAGGAAAUUUGGUUCUAAACGCAGUGGUAACUUUAUUGGCUCACUUUGCCGUUUGGAAACUGGUCAGUUGCGGCCUGAAAUGGUCGUAGAAUCUGAAGUUUUCCGUUCUGUCCGGAAGAAGCUUGAUGUGUUGGGCUAUAGGGAACCUUUGGGAGAAGAGAGCUUAUCUCUUGUUGAGCGUCUACUAGACGACUUAAUUCUUGCAACACAUGGGUUACGAGAAAAUAAACGUGAGUCUUCGUCCAAGCUUAAGUUGGAAUUGGAAGGACAAUGCAGUACGCUAAAAGCAGAAAACUCGACUUUGAAGAACGAGUGUUCAUCCCUUAACAGGGAUAUAUCAGAAAUUCACGAACGAUACAAGGCUCAAAUUCAAGAGCUAAGUGAAAAAUCGCGAAGUUUAGAGUCUGUCAACCAUGAUCUUCGGAUCUUAAACUCCCAUUGCAUGAAGAGGCUUCGAACUCUCGAGCUUGAAUCGAAGCAGUUAGUAAAACCUACUGAUAAACCCCCACACGCUAAUGCCCCGGAUACCGACGGUGCGGGACUCGAUUCUCCUCGCAAAGAUUCUGACCUUCAUGAUCUUGCCAAUUCAAACCUUAAUACUUCCGACCCUGCUCCAAGCUGUACUGAGGGUCGAGCGCAACCUUAUGUCUGCAGCGGCGAUAAAUCUUUGAACGAACCUAACAACGAUGCAGUGAAAAUGCUGACAAAACGCUGCUCUGAUCUCGAAGCAAGUAUUCUACUACUGCAAAAGGAAAGGGAGCUUACUGAGAAGCGGACGGCAGCUUUAAAGAAACAGAUUGAGGUGCGGAACGAAGAGAUUGACCGUCUCCGUCGGGUCAUUGAGGUGGAAAAGCCGCCUGAGAGGUUGGUGCUGGAGUCGCAAAAGGGUCACGCGGAUCUGGUGAUUGGGCAGUUGCAGUCCCAGGUAGACCUGUUGCAGAAGCGCAAUGAGGAGUUGGAAAAACGGAUGCUCCUACGUCUGGAAGCGAUUAGUCAGUCCGCUUUUGCGGUAUCAUCAAGGCGAGAGCGAGCCUCGCAGUGCGACCUUCCUGAGCAUCCCAUGAAUGGCAAGGUGGGUCGGUACGAGUUGGCUAAGUUGCUAGAUAACUUUGAAAAGACUAACAGUCACUUUCUCAGUCGGACGGAUGAAUUGGUGAAUUGUCAGAAGAAAAUGGUGCUUGAGAUUGAGCGUCUGAAACGCCUCGUGCCACCGGCUAAAAAACAAACACAAGCUGUCAAACGGAAUAUGAUGAGGUCUACAAUCAAAAAGACUCCCUCUCUAUUGCCUACUACCGCUGCUGGUACUAAUGCCGUUGCUACCACAAAGCAGGUAACAGAAAAUUAUGAGCCUCCAAUCAAGGAAUACAUAGAGGGUUUGUUGGCGGAUCGGGAGACACUGCGCGCGCAGGUGGACCACCUGAAUCGCAGCCUGCGCCGGUGGUUUACAACGGGCGCUGCACUUGUCACCACCAGCGACGCUAUGGGGGGUGACAACCAGAACGCUCACACGCAGUCUGCCCAUCUUGAAGCCCCAAACGUAGCCCAUGAAAGAGAUGAAGCUUCCGUUGGACGUGAAUUUACCUCGGAGAUGCUAAAGGCUCUGCUAAAGGCGACAGAGUCGGAGCGUGAUUACUACAUUCGGCGAACUGAGGAGCUUCAAGUUGAAAUCUCUCGUCUCACUUGUAUGUCUAGUCAUCAUCGUUACCACGGGCAGUCAGCAGCACUUAUGAGUCCAAAGAAUGAUUCAGAAAUUGAAACCAUAAAGCAAGAGCGCGAUAUGCUUCGGAUGACGCUGGAUCAAUUUGAACAGAAUCUUCUUGGGGUCCAAGCUGGAGUCCGAUCUUUGCGAUCUGAGAGGGAUCAGCUUUUGUUGGAACUGGAAAAGGCACAAAAGUCGGAGGCUCCUUCAAAACAUCCAACUUUCUCUUCUGGAGUUACUGCCUCAGAGUAUGCCCAAGCCUUAAAUCAUCAGUCGACAAAUAGCGCUGUUUCUAAUCCCGAUGAAUCUCUACGUGUCAGAGCCUCGCCUGAAACGCGGAGACUCUCGGAGUACGAUCAUAGUGAGGAGCAGCAGUUAAGGGAAGAGAUUUCUGCCCUCCAGACAGCUCUAUCCAGCUCUCGUACGCAGCUAGAAGCCUCUCAAAGACGCACCGAUGGACUUGAGCGGCAGGUGGAGGAGUUGAAAUGCGAAGUAGAGCAGAUGACUUCGAAAAAGGAGGAGGCUGAAAAGUUGAAGGAGCAGCUUCAGACCGCAUUGGUCCAGACAAGUGGUCGGAACUCCUCCCUGGCGAGUGAGUUGGCAAUGCGAAAAGACAUGUAUAAUGAGGCGGUGAGAGGAAAACAGCUCUCCGACGCCAUGGUGGCUGAGGCUCAGCGUGACCUUCAGUCCUUGAAUGCUCGCAUCGUAGAGUUCGAUUCUGAAAUUAGACGUAGCCACGACGAGGUGUCGCGUCUACGCAAGGUAGCAUCCCAGCUGGAUGCUGAAAAGGACGCCCUCCAGGCCAGUCUUGACGACCGCACAGAGGAUUUGGUCGCCUUGAAACGCGACCUCGAUCAGCGAACUCACUUGUUUGAGGAGAAUAAGCAAUACUUGAGCAGUGUUGAGUUGCGUCUCCGCCAAGUCACUGCCAUGGCAGCCGAGCGGGAUCGCGAAGUCCAAACACUGACUGAGCGUCUCCAGGAGGUGGAAACUUCCUCACAAGUUGUCAGCCGGAGCCGGGCCAUAUCAGAGGAGAAGUAUGCCAAAGCCAAGGACGACAUUACGGUUCUCAGCAAUGAAGUUGAAAGUCUUAAAAAUCAUUUACAGGCUGCCAGAAAUGAGAACAAUGAUCUUCAGUGCCGUCUGGCCGAAGCUCUUCAAAAUUUCUCCGCCUCCGAUCAGGCGCUAGAUGCCAAAUUGAAGGAACACAAUGACCUUUUGGCGCAAUAUGGCUCUCUGAGCAAAGAGUAUGAUGCGAUGUCAAAGCGUAAUGUGGAACUGGAGCGGACCCUGGCCGAGGUGGAGGAGACGCUGCAGGGCAAAGAGGCCGCUGUGAGAAGCCACAUUGACCGCGCUCAAAAGGCCGAAUUGGCGGCUCUGAACGCAAAGCGCGAGUGUGUUGUUGCGGAAGAAAAAUGCGCUCGUCUCAGCACCGCUGCAGAGAAAGCGGAGUCGCGGGCCCAAGAGUUGGGUGGAGAGGUGGAGGAGGUGCGACGCGACCUCGCGGCAACCCGUGAUCUUGCCGGUGCUCUGCAGGCCCGCCUCGACAACACUGCCGGCCAGUCGGUCAGCGUUGCUUCCGACCUCACCGCCAAAUUGACUGAGUGCGAGCGCAAGCUGCGCGAUGCUCUUGACGAGACGGCACAUCAGCAGGAGAUUAUACAGCAACUGGAAUUGCUUCUUGCAGUCGCUCGAGAAAACCAAGUUCGUUUGCAAGUUUCACUCGAUAGGAAGACGGAGGAAUGCGAACGAUUGCGCAAGGACACCCACUCCGCCCAUCAGGCCUCUGGCGUGGCCAGUACAGAAGCUCUGGCGCUUCACAAGCAAUUCACCACCCACCUUAAGUACGCCAGCAGUACUGGAGCUACCACCUCCACUUCCGCCACCCAGACCGCUGUUCCAUUAGUGCGUAGGGAAGACCACCCCCUCCUUUUCUACCAGCCCCUCCAUCCAACGCCUUCCACUAGUUCCACGGUUUCUCUAUCGGAGUCAAAUUGUGUGGUCACGGCGGUCAGCUCUGCGACUACCACACCGAGGGGAUCUCCCACCUAUCGCCUUGCCUCCUCUGGCGAUGCAAUGAUCCAUGGGUCGCAAGUGGCGGUUAGAAAUGAAUCCACUCCUUCCGUCAUUGAGGCUGACUUGCCCUCAGUUACCUCCCCUUCCUCCUCUCUGCAUUUUCGUGAUGGCCUCUUCGAGGGCACCACAACCUAUGUACCGCGUAAAAUGAACCGAUGCAAACAUGGCUGCUUCCAUUCCUCCAACUGCUUUGACGGACGUCCUGUCGAAGGUGGUGAUGAGGAUGAUUCUGGAGAAGUGUCAUUCUUGAAGGGAUCUCUUGAUGAAGAGCAUCCGGAUUUUUUCGUCUUAGAAGAUUUAGGUGAAUUUAUUGGGACAAAAUGGGUCAGCAAUCUUGGUGGGAUUUGUGUACAAACCCUUGUAAUAAGUGAUCUCCAAAGGAUUGGUUACGCCAUUACUAUGGCUGGUGUUUGCGGAGCUGUUUGUACGGGCGCGGCGGGAGUGCCCUUUUUUGCGAAAUCACCAUAUUAG